UCCUCCUCCUCCUCCCCCCACCACAGUCUUUACCGAUUCUAGCAACAAUGGCUCCGUCCAUAGCCAGCCUCAUUCAAUUCAGCAUUCUAGGUCUCCUUGGAUAUAUUCUUGCAGGGGCUCCCUUACUUUCCAUUCUCUUGCCCUCAUCCAGAAGUGCACACGAGGUUCAGGUCUUGAGCGGAGAUAAAUUGGAGAGCUUAGUUGUUCCAGAGAAGGGGCUCAAGUGCCCGGAGCAUGGCUACGGUGUGCAUAUUUUUGAGCGGGAGCCAUUGGUCGUGUACAUUGAAGGAUUUUUGAGUGGGGAGGAGGCAGAGCAUGUUGUACGGAUGAGUGAAUCCAAAUUCACCCCCUCCACCGUCUGGACCUCCGGCAUCGAACAUCUCGAUCCUUCCGUCCGACGCUCCGAAAAAGCGCAAUUAGACCGCGAUGUCGUGGUCAAAUGCAUCGAAGACCGCGCGCGCAAGUUCCAGGGCUGGCGGCCACACCUCUUCAUCGAGAAGCUCUGGAGCCAGAGAUACACCGAAAACGGACACUACCGCCAUCACUAUGACUGGAGUACGAGCACGAAGUCCUGUGGUAGAGUCAGUAGUUUUAUGGUCUACCUAGAAGCGAAUUGUACCGGCGGUGGGACGAAUUUUCCCCGGUUAAGGAAGCCAGUGGAGAAGAGUUGGUGUCGGUUUAUUGAGUGCGGAGAGGACGGGGGCGAAGUGGUGGGAAUGGAGGCAGAGGAGGGGGUAACGUUUAAACCAAUUAAAGGGAAUGCGGUGUUUUGGGAGAAUUUAAGGGCGGAUGGGUCGGGGUAUAAGGAGAGCUGGCAUGCGGGGUUGCCAGUCAAGAGUGGGAUUAAGAUUGGCCUGAAUAUUUGGAGUUGGUAUCAGGAGGGGUGGGCGCCAGAGGGGGAGUAGGGGAGUAAUUUGGGCUGUGUACGAUGAGGAGUCUGAUAGGAUAGUAAUCUGGUGUUUGUCCUGCGAGUUGGAG